UUGCCUAUAAGAGGAAACUCUUCUCCGCAGCCAGGCAGAAGAGGGUUUUCUUCUUCUCUCCUUGUUCUUGUUCUUCCCAUUCCGUCUCCGGAACAAGGCAAGCGGGAGGAGGAGUACGUACGGGUGUGGCAACUAAUUGAACUGCCGAACAAAGGGACCGGUUUUGGUGCUGCGAGCGGCGGCGCCGGAUCCGUUGAGAUCGAUCUGCUGUUGAUUAGCCAGAAGAGUGUCUUCGUCGUCGAUCGCGUUUUCAAGAUGCCGAGGUCUGCCAUGGAUUGCAGCUCCGACGAGUCAUCAGACCUAAGUGAUACAGAUAUUGAUGACUAUGCUGAGCAGACGUACUUGAACCUGAAGUCAGGCAAGCUCGUGGCAAGGUAUGGUGCUGACAGGUUCAGAUGCCCGUUCUGCCUGGGGAAGAAGAAGCAGGACUACCGUUACAACGAGCUGCUUCAGCACGCUGUUGGGGUGGGCGCAUCCAACCGCGCUGCGAAGGUGAAGGCAAACCACCUGGCCCUGGCCAAUCUUCUGAAGAAUGACUAUUCUGAUGCAGCAGGCUCAUUGCCGUCGAGGCAAGCAGAUGCACUCAUUAAUCCUCCUAAGCCAGUGCAAGAUCAGGAGUUGUUUGUUUGGCCCUGGAUGGGCAUCCUUGCCAAUGUUCCAGCAGAGCAAACACAGAGAGAUGGAGCCAUUCUGAUGCAGCACUUAGCUCAUUUCAAUCCUUCGCAUUUUGAUGCUGUGCAUUCUCCCGACGGAUACACUGGCUUUGCAGUUGUCCGUUUCACCAGUGAUUGGAUUGGGUUCAAGGAUGCCUUGGCUUUCCACAACAACUACAAAUCACGUCACUUAGGUAAGAUGGAUUUGAAUGAGGCAAGUCGACGGGGGAAGUACAUUUGUGGUUGGCUGGCAAAAGAGGAGGACUACAAAGCUGAUGAUCCAGUUGGUAUGUUCUUAUCGGCAAAUGGUGAGCUAAAGACAGUGUCUGAACUGCAACUUGAGCUAUCCCGCAAGACUGAAACCAUCAUAGCUAGUUUGACAACCCAGAUUUCUGCUAAGAGCAAGUAUAUGAUGGAACUCGAGAUCAAGUGUAACAAGAUGAAUCUCGCUCUCCGAAGGGCCAUGGAAGACAGCGACUCGCUGCACCAACGCUACAAUGAAGCAAUGCGAAAGAUGCAGUCUGCUGCUCGUGAACACUCGCUGAAAAUCUUUCAAGAGACUGAUCAGCUGAGGAAGCAGUUGGAUGAGAAAGAGAGUGACAUCCAAAGGAGAUCCAAGCAACUGAGUGAAAUAGUUGCUCAAACUGACAUGGAAAGAAGAAAACUGAAAAAUGAGAGGAAAAAGAAUGCUGGUCAAAAUGACUCCCUCCACAUGGCCAGAGUUGAGCAACAGAAAGCCAAUGAAGCUGUGCGGGUUCUUGUUGAGAAACAUAAGAAAGAGAAGGAAGUUGCUCUGAACAAAAUACUGCAGUUAGAGAAGCAGCUGGAUGAGAAGCAAAAACUGGAGCUGGAAAUACAACAACUUAGAGGCCAGCUGGAGGUGGUGAAGCACAUGGAGGGUGAGGGUGUUGAUGUGAAGAAACGUACUGAAGAACUCACUGAGGAACUAGAAAACAAAAUUGAUGAUAUGGAAGAUCUGGAAGCUCUAAAUCAAACUCUCAUUAUCAAAGAACGGAUGACCAAUGAUGAACUGCAAGAUGCAAAGAAAGAGCUGAUUUCGGGCUUGUCAGAUCUGUUAGGCCCUCGGAGCAACAUUGGAAUUAAGAGGAUGGGUGAACUGGAUGAGAAGCCAUUUAUUCAAGCUUGCAAGCAAAAAUAUGGGGUCGAGGCUGAAACAAAAGGCCUUGAAUUAUGUUCCAUGUGGCAAGAUAAACUUAAGGAUGCAAAUUGGCAUCCUUUCAAGGUGGUGGUUACAGGGGAAAAGACAGGGCAAAUCAUCAAUGAGCAUGACGAAGAGCUGGCAGGCUUGAAGCAGGAGCUCGGCCAAGAGGUGUACCAGGCUGUGACCACGGCGCUGCUGGAGAUUAACGAGUACAAUGCCAGCGGCAGCUACGUCGUCUCUGAACUCUGGAACAACAAGGAGAAUAAAAAGGCCAGCAUGGGGGAUGUUGUGCAGCACAUCCUGAAACAGUGGAAGCUGCAGAAACGCAGGAGAUGAUAAACUUGCCACUGGAGCUGGAGCAAUCUAAGAUGUGUUUCCAUCCUCAUUGCUUACAGUAACAACUGAAAAAAUUGUCUUCAUUUUGCAUGCUUGUAAUUAGCCACAUAUCUGUGACUGGUGUGCAGUUUUGAGGGUCGACAGCUGUUGAAGAUGGUCUUCCUCUGAAGAUGCGGAGUGUGGCGGUGCUUUUGCUUGGCGGUGUGAUGAUUUACCCUGGUCACCUUUUGUUUCGUUUUGGAGUUCAGGAGAUUAGAAAAAACUGCAAUGAUAAAGAUUUUGUCGGUUAACUGCGGGUUGUGUACUAGUCUGACAGCACCCUGAUGUUUCUCCACUUGAACCAUUCUGGAGAUGUCAGCAUUUUUGCAAGAACUAUUACUAUUCUUGGCACCUGCAGUUGAUAUAUAUGCAAGAGCAAUUUGGUUCUUUGUA